AUGAUCACAGCGUACGCUCAGAACAAACACUUGCCACAAGCCAGGGAGCUCUUCGAGAGCACGAAGCGGAAGAGUAUCAUUUCCUGGAACACAAUGAUCGCUGCCUACAUCCAAGCCGGUGAAAUCCAGGAAGCUAGAGCCUUAUUGGAUCGAAUGGAGCUGAAGAAUACGGCCUCCUGGAACACCCUCUUGGCAGGCUAUGCUCACAGCGGACACCUCCAAGAAGCUCUAACGCUCUUCGCGAUCAUGAACUUGGAAGCUCGCGAGCUGCCGGACAAAGUUACCUUUGUGACGAUGCUCGACGUUUGCGGGAACCUCAAGAACUCGGCAGCCGGGGAGGAGAUCGACGCGGCAGUGACUUCAAGUGGCCUCUGGCAAGACGUGACGGUCGGGAACGCGCUCGUUUGCAUGCACGGGAGAUGUGGACGAAUGGAGGUCGCCAGGAGCCUGUUCGAGAGGAUGGAGCACAGAGAUGGCGUGCUGUGGACGACGAUGGUGGCAGCCUACGCGCAAAACAAUCUCCUGGAUCAAGCCCGGGCUACGUUCGACGCGAUGCCGGACAAGCUCUCGCUCGUUGCCCCCUGGAACGCGAUGAUCUCGGCCUACGUCCGCUGCGGAGAGAAUUCAUCCGGAGUGAUGCUCUUCCUCCUCAUGGACCUGGAAGGCGGCCGAGCGAAGGAGAUCACGCUGGUCUGCGUCUUCGAGGCUUGCACCACUCCAUCCCAGCUCGCCACCGGACGAAGAAUCCGAACGCUCUGGCGAGAACCAGCUGCUAAACCAUCCGGCCGUGAGAACCUCGCUCGUCAACAUAGCGGCCACAGCAAGGAAUCGUUGGAGCUCUUUGGCGUCAUGGCUCUCGAUGGUAUACCGCCGACGGACGUCACGUUUAUCAGCGUCUUGGCGGCGUGCAGCCACGCGGGCCUGGCCAAGGACGCGCGGUACCACUUCGUGGCCAUGGCUGGCGACUACAGGAUCGCGGCGAGCUUGGAUCACUAUAUCUGCAUGGUGGACGUGUUGGGGAGGUCCGGAAAGGUGGCGGAGGCGGGGGAGUUUGUGGGUGUGAUGCCGUUUGUGCCGGAUGCUGUGCCGUGCAAGACUUUGCUGGAAGAGAUGAACAGUGCAGUACCCAUCAUAGCUGUUGGUCACAUGGGCAUUUUAAUCAUUGCAAUUUACAAAGCCAAACAAGCCUUUGGAAACAAGAUAAUCUUAAGUCCGUACAGACAGAGGGACGAAAUAACGACCUUGAUUGACAUCUUUCUUAAUAGCAAAGAAGUGGAAGAAAGAAAAUUAUUUAAGAGAAGGAAGGAAAAAGGUGAAUGCUCCAGUAACAAGCUCCACGAAAUGAAGGAGAUGGCAGUAGGGCAGCGAGCAGCAGCAUUGUAA